UCACAAACUUUUAAAGAUACACUAUUGAGAGCAUCCUAUCAGGCUGUAUCGCCGCCUGGUACGACAACUGCACCGUCCGCAACCACAUCACCUGGAACACACUGCCUGCCCUUCAGGCCAUCUACAGCACCCAGUGUUACAGCAAGGCCAAGAAGAUCAUCAAGGACCUCAGCCACCCAAGCCACGUCCUGUUCACCCCGCUAUCAUCCAGAAAGCAAGUGAUUGUGUGUGAGCCCGCUGCCAUGUCCACAGUCGUGGUAAUGGACCCCGCCAGGGACGCCAGCAACUUGCAGUCAUCCUGUGGCACCGGGGAUAGCAUUGCUUCACUGGAUGAAGUCACUAUGGAUUCCACAGCCAAUGAGUCAUCAGAGGAGGAGUCAGCCGGUGAGAGAGAAGUGGAGACUGGGGCCAACACUGAGCUCACCAACAAUCCCACAGACAUCCCCACUGAAUGGCCCACACACACACAGACAGUGAGUGCCCAGCGGCCAGACUCUCUGUCCCUGGCGGUGGCUAAGCCAGACUUGUGGACAUCGAGCGGUGACGGGGAGGUGAAGCUGAGGAUGGGGGAGUCAGGCUUUGCCUCUGAGCCCCCACUCACCGUAGACCAGAUGUUUAAGACUGCUGUGGAGAGGUUUGGCAGCUACACUGCCCUGGGCUGGAAGGAGGGAGAGCAGACGAAGACAAUCAACUACCAGGAGUACUACCAGGCCUGCCGCACCGCUGCCAAAAGCUUCCUCAAGCUUGGCUUGGAGCGCUACCAUGGGGUUGGCAUUCUGGGCUUUAACUCUGCUGAGUGGUUCAUUUCUGACAUUGCUGCCAUUUUGGCUGGUGGGUUUGCAGUGGGCAUCUACACCACAAACUCCCCAGAUGCUUGCCAGUAUGUAGCAGAGAACUGCAAGGCCAACAUCAUUGUGGUGGAGAAUCACAAGCAGCUGCAGAAGAUCCUACAGGUUCAAGACAAGCUGCCACACUUGAAAGCCAUUAUCCAGUACAAAGAUGCACUUAAAGAGAAGCGACCAAACCUCUACACGUGGACUGAGUUUAUGGAGCUGGGCCGUGAUGAGCCCGACACAAAGCUGGAUGAUAUCAUCACUAUCCAGAAGCCCAACCAGUGCUGCACACUGAUCUACACUUCAGGUACCACAGGCCAGCCCAAAGGAGUGAUGCUCAGCCACGACAAUCUGACAUGGACAGCGUUCGCAGUAGGCCGCUAUGUCCGGCUGGCAGAAGCCACCAAGUCUCAGGAGAUUGUUGUCAGCUACCUGCCCCUCAGCCACAUCGCUGCUCAGAUGGUGGACAUCUGGGUCACCAUGAAGGUCGGAGGGGCAACAUACUUCGCCCAGCCAGACGCACUGAAGGGCUCCCUGGUUAACACAAUGAGAGAGGUGCGUCCCACAGCCUUCAUGGGCGUACCACGUGUCUGGGAGAAGAUGCAGGAGAAGAUGAAGUCCGUCGGGGCCAAGUCGUCCACCGUGCGCAGAAAGGUGGCAGUCUGGGCCAAAGGAGUGGGUCUGCAGACCAACCUCAGCAAGAUGAACCAGAAUGGAGCUAUGGCGAGGACGCCCAUGAACUACCGCUUGGCCAAGAAGCUGGUGUUCAAGAAGGUCCGUAAGGCUCUGGGUCUGGACCGCUGCACCAAGUGUUACACAGGCGCCGCCCCCAUCACCAAGGAUACCCUGGAGUUCUUCCUCAGCCUGGACAUCCCAGUGUACGAGCUGUACGGAAUGAGUGAGAGCACUGGACCUCACACCAUCUCUCUGCCCGAUGCGUUCCGACUCACCAGCGUUGGGAAGUUGAUCCCUGGUUGUGAGACUAAGAUUAACAAUCCUGACGAGGAGGGCAACGGGGAGAUCUGCUUCUGGGGACGCCACGUCUUCAUGGGCUACCUAAACCAGGCCGACAAGACCGAGGACGCCCUGGACACUGAGGGCUGGCUGCAUUCUGGAGACCUGGGCAAACAGGACGACAACGGCUUCCUCUUCAUUACUGGACGCAUCAAAGAGCUGAUCAUCACAGCGGGUGGAGAGAACAUCCCUCCAGUGCCAAUCGAGGAUGCUGUGAAGGAGGCCGUGCCGCUGGUUAGCAACGCCAUGCUCAUUGGAGACAAGAGGAAGUUCCUCGCCAUGCUGCUCACCAUUAAGUGCCAGGUGAACGGAGACACUGGUGCUCCUGAAGAUGAGCUGAUGCCCGAGGCCGUAGAGCUGUGCCGGAAGCUGGGCAGCAACGCCAUGCGAGUCUCAGAGAUCGCCGGUGGGCGUGACCCGGUCAUCCAUGCCGCUAUCCAGGAGGGUAUCAACCGCGUGAACGAGAAAGCCACCUCCAACGCCCAGCGCAUCCAGAAGUGGACCAUCCUAAACCAGGACUUCUCCAUCCCUGGAGGAGAGCUGGGCCCCACUAUGAAGCUGAAGAGGCCGGUGGUCAUGAAGAUGUACAAAGAGCAAGUAGAGAAUUUCUACAAGGAGGUGGUGACCCCAAGCACCCCUGAUAACUCCAUGCCCCCCAAAUAGGCAUGGGACAAAAAUACCCCUGCAGAGCAAUUCAGAGAAACACUACAAAAGACAUGCAGACAGAACAGUCUUAGACAACCACUCCUUGUUCAGUUCCUGUUUCUCUCCUGUGAACAUUUUUUGCUAGCUUGCUCCUUUCAUUAUUGGGUUUUGUUUACAUUUGUGGGUGUUGUAAAGAAAAAAUAUAUAAGGAAAACAUCCAUGAGAAGCCAUUGUAAGCCUUUAGGAUUUUUUUAAAGAUGAGUUGUUGAUAUGCUGAUUUCAACUAUUUAUUUUGUAUUAUUGUGAUGAAGAACAAUAAUAUAUGAUAGAUGAAGUACAGUUGUAUGUGAUGAGGCUUUGUGAAUUUACUGUGAUACUUGCAUAGAAUCCAAAAAGUCCAUAGGACAUGGUAGUAGAAUUUUGGGGGAAAGUGUUAGUUUUUCUUUUUGCCAAAGUCAGAAAUUACUUGGACCAAAUACACACAUUUGGAUGAUAAAUAAUUAUUACAUCCAGUGAUCCCUGGUCUGGAUUAAAAAUAAGAUAUGAAGUAAAAUGACAGGGAAAGAAAACACUGAACAUAUCAUUGUCCUAUUUAUUACUAUUGUAUUUUUCUGUCUGCUUUGAGUUUUGAUGAAAGUGCGUCUAUCAUUGUGCAGUUCUGCAAUAAAUACACAAGACAAGCCCUGGGACGACCAAUGAAAAUUAAGUUGUAGAUUUAGUUGAUUCCUUGGCGCCAUAAGCACAUGGCACAAUGUUGAGCUUCUGCACCUACCUUCUCUGAGAGAGAGAGCAUCCAGAUCUUUAUGCUACAGAACCAUAUCAUUCAAGCCAUAUUAGUUGAGUCAUGUUUUAUAUCCAAUGAGUUUUACGGACUCUGAUCGUCUGUGUGACAGCCUACGCAAUUGCCUGGUCUUGUUGGGAUGUUUUGUAACGAUUGUGUAAAAUUGCUGUGACCAUUUAAAUACUGUAAAUAUGUUUUGCUUACAUUUCCUCUUCUCUGGUCUUUAUCAGAGAACGUGUUAGUCUACAGAUCAGUCUUGUCUUGAAGUGUGAGAGAGCCACCACUUUCCUCAUGCAUACCAGCACAACGCAGAUGCGUGUGAUGAAGAUUUUGGUCCUUGCACCACUGAAUUUGUCUUUCUGAAAACCGGUUCAUUAUGUUCUCUGGGGUAACUAAUCUAAAUGAGAAUACAGAGAAUUGAAUAGCAUUUCAAAAUAAGCAGUCAUCCUGGAACAUUAUAGAUACAAUCUUACCUAAGACAGGUGUGGACUGGUGUUCACUCUUAUUACAUUGCAAAUAUUCUCCCUAAACACACAUAUGCAUGCUGAGUGGAAUUGUGAAAACCAUGUAUCUCUGCUACCUGCUGUACAUGUUAGGAGAACUUGGACUUCUGUGUCUUAUUGCUGGUUGUGAAUUUUGGCCAUUUGUCAAACCUUUGAGUCAGUACUCGCCAAACAUACUCCCAGGUACAUUGUAGUAGGAAGAAAUGAGUUUGAUUUGUGAUUAAGACUUUGGAAUCCAGUACCUUUUGAACAUUUUAUCUUUUGAUGAAAUACUUGAAUUUGAAGAGAUGUUUAAAACAAAGUCAUCUAAUACUAAUGAAAUCCAAAGAUCCCAUUUGUAAACAAUUGCCACUAACAUGCCAUUGUCUCAGAUGAAUGUGAGUAGGUCAAGCCCCUUGCAGUUUACAGAGAUGUUAGAGUGCUUCCAUAUUCAGAGAGAAGCUCAACUGGAGACCCAUGUUGAUGUUCAGGAAGACCUGUAAAUAAACUAUUAGCUUACCAAGAGU